AGCGACGCCCCCUCCCUCCUCACCAUUUGUUUUGAUUCCUUGGGUGCGAAUGCGCCAAGGCUGCGCAUGCGCACUGAGGCGCCAGCUGGCUGCUCGGCGGAGGCCGCUUGCAGCCGAAAAAAAAACAAGCAGGGGGGAGAAAAACUUGUAGCUGCGGUCAAAGCGGCUCCCACCAUCGGCAGAAAUAAAUAUCACCGCUGGGGAGCCUGAGCCUAAUCCGGUUUAUCCAUCCCUCCUGCUUUUUUUUCACCCCGAUCGAGUGGCGGAGACGGUUGCAUCGGGGCCUGUGUGUUUUCAGUGUGUGUUUUUUUUUGUUUUUUUAUCGCACCCGCCCGCCCGCUCCUUUUCCUUCCAAUGUUGUUGUUCUUGUUCUUCUCCGCCUCGGCUCACGGAUUUGAAUUGUGGGAGAAGCAGGGAGGCCGGAGCCGGAUCUGGACCCGCGGCGGCUCUGCCUCCCGGCCGGCCGUGUGUGCAGUCGCCGCCGCCGUUUGAAAAGGUGGCUUACUCCAGCCUUUUCCCGUCUCCGCCUGCCAUGAACGGCGGCGGUGGUGGUGGGCCACUGCCAGGCGGGGGCUCCAAGGUGAAGUACUGCCGUUACUAUGCCAAGGACAAGACCUGUUUCUACGGCGACGAGUGUCAGUUCCUGCACGAGGAUCCCAACAAUGGCGCCGCUUCCGCGAGCCUCGGUCUUAUCGUCAAUAACAACCACCCGGGACUGGCAGUCGGGACGGCCGCGGCUGCGCCGGGAGCCGGCGGCGGCGGCGGAGGAGGAGCUGCAGGCGGAGGAGGGAGCGGCGGCGCUGCCGCCGGGGGAGGAUACCCACACCCACACGGAGGGCCCAAGAAAAACGAGCUCGGCAGCCUGGUGGAGCCCGGGCAGCUGCUCACCAUUCCAGGGAUGGAUGCAACAUUACCAGACAACCUCACUAACUCCUACUUCAGCAGCAGCUUUAUUGGGGUAAAUGGCUUUGGAGGAGGGCCUGCUGAACCAAAGUACCCUUUGAUUCAGAGGCAAGCUAACAGCAGCAGCUCACCCAGCCUGUUGAGUGAUUGUGCCAAAGCAUAUGCUUGUGCAGGACAUGAUCAACUAAAUUUACCUGCCUCAUUGUUCAGUGAUUUCUCUGGCCUCAGCAUUUCUCAACGAAGAAAGCAGACACCGAAUCCAGCUGCAAAUGAAUUCAUCCCUAAAGGAGGAUCAACCUCUCGACUAAGUUCUGUGUCCCAAUCGAGUAUGUCUGCCUUUUCACCAGCCUUGUUCUCUCAUCCAUCCUUGGGUAGUCCAUCAGCAGCUGGGCUAGCCCCGGGAAUGUCCUUAUCAGCAGGAUCAUCUCCUCUGCACUCUCCAAAAAUAACUCCCCAUACAUCACCUGCGCCUCGAAGGAGAAGUCAUACUCCAAAUCCAGCAAAUUUCAUGGUACCUACUAGUGCCUCUACGCCAGUAUCUGACGCAGUCUCUCAAUCUCCAUCUUCUGGUCAGCUGAUACAAAAAGAAACUGUGGGAGGGACAACUUACUUCUAUACUGACACAGCUCCAGGACCUCUUCCAGGAAUGGUAUUUCCGACUUAUCAUAUUUAUCCUUCGUCUGCACCCCAUGUUGCUUAUAUGCAGCCGAAAGCAAAUGCGCCUUCUUUUUUUAUGUCCGAUGAACUAAGACAGGAGUUGAUCCACAAGCAUUUAAUAACUAUGGCACAGAUUGACCAAACCGAAAAUCCAGGGUUUCCAACGGAGGUAGACAACUACCACAGUCUUUUUCCUUUGGAACCUCCACCAGCUAAUCGGCUACAAAAAACAAGUAACUUUGGUUUCAUUACAUCCUGUUAUAAAGCUAUCAAUAGCAAAGAUGAUCUCCCAUAUUGCCUUCGCAGAAUCCAUGGUUUUCGUCUUAUCAACACAAAGUGUAUGGUAUUAGUGGACAUGUGGAAGAAGAUUCAACAUUCAAAUACAGUAACACUCCGAGAAGUAUUCACCACCAAAGCAUUUGGAGAGCACUCACUUGUAUUUGCUUACGACUUCCAUGCUGGAGCAGAGACUAUGAUGACCAGGCACUUCAACGAUCCAGGUGCUGAUGCCUAUUUCACUAAAAGAAAAUGGGGCCAACAUGAUGGACCUCUCCCUCGCCAACAUGCAGGAUUACUGCCAGAAUCUCUUAUUUGGGCAUACAUUGUCCAACUGAGUUCAGCACUGCGUACCAUUCAUACAGCAGGACUGGCCUGUCGUGUCAUGGAUCCAACUAAGAUUCUUAUAACUGGUAAAACCAGGUUACGUGUCAAUUGUGUUGGAAUUUUUGAUGUCUUAACAUUUGACAGUAGUCAAAAUAAUCCACUGGGAAUGAUGCCUCAGUAUCAGCAAGCCGAUCUGAUCUCUCUAGGAAAAGUGGUUUUGGCCUUAGCUUGCAACUCUGUGUCAGGAAUUCAGCGUGAAAAUUUACAAAAGGCUAUGGAGUUGGUGUCCCUCAAUUAUUCUUCAGAUCUGAAAAAUCUAAUUCUGUAUUUGCUGACUGACCAAAACCGGCUACGCAGUGUAAAUGAUAUUAUGCCAAUGAUAGGUGCACGUUUUUACACACAAUUGGAUGCUGCACAGAUGAGAAAUGAUGUGAUUGAAGACGAUCUGAUGAAGGAGGUGCAAAAUGGAAGGCUGUUUCGGCUACUAGCAAAACUGGGAACCAUCAAUGAGAGGCCAGAGUUCCAAAAGGAUCCAACGUGGUCAGAGACAGGUGACCGAUACUUGUUAAAAUUAUUCAGAGAUCAUCUUUUUCACCAGUUGACUGAAACUGGUACUCCAUGGAUUGACCUCAGUCACAUAGUCUCUUGCUUAAAUAAGUUGGAUGCUGGUGUACCAGAAAAAAUUAGUCUGGUUUCCAGAGAUGAGAAGAGUGUUCUCGUGGUGACAUAUGCUGAUCUGAAGCGUUGUUUUGAAAGCGCUUUCUCAGAACUCCUAGCAGCUUCUAAUGGACAGUUGUAGUAUUUGCUGUGCUGAGGCAAAACAUUGCUGAAGAACAAUAUAAAGAGCUAAUUGCACUACAACUGUAUUAAUGCCAUCUCAUUUCACAUUUAAAGUACAAAUGUAAAUGAGCAGCGCUGCUUGCACUUCGGUCAGGUACACUGUUACUUGAAGGAAGAACGUCCAUAUCACAGGAGCCUAGAACUGCCACCAGAGGUUGUUUCUGUGAAGACUGUUUUUAAAUUGGGAAGUGGCAUCAGAUGCAUGAUGAUCCCAGUUUUAUUUUUUCACAUGUUUAUGCACUAAUUUUAAGUUCAAGACUUGUGAUCUUUAAGGAUGUACCACAUGUAAUUUUGAUAAGGGAAAAUCGUUAUCUUUAGAAUUACUUUCUGGGUAACAGUAUAUAUCCCUAAGGAAGAUGUUGAAGUGAUUGUACUGCACGCACGCCUAUGGCAAGGACUAGGUGAAAAUGCCAUUGGAUAUACUAUUUGUGAACUGAACUCCGAUGGGUUAUAUUUCUGGCAAAAAGACAUGCUGGACUUCAGACCAACUGCCAUGUGCUAUCACUUAGAAAACCAAACUACAGAAAGCAUAUUUUUAUGAAAAUCAGGUGGAAUAUUAAAUGGACGCUAUUCUUCCAGGAACUAAACAGCUCCUGUGUGUCAGUGUUGAUGGCAUCUUUGUGAACUAUCACAGCUACACAUCUUUCAUAACAAAAUUAAAAAGUAGCUUUUUUGCUUCAUACAGUUACCAGCGCCUUUUUUAACAACAAAUUCAGUGUAAGUAAUUGGAACAGGUAAGAUGCCUCUACAUUUAUGCAAGCUUUUUUUUAUAGGAGACUAAUUUUUAAAUUGGGUUCAAUACCUGAAAUGUCAGGAGUGGAUUAGGUUUUGUUAUGUAUCAUUUAAUUUUGUAUAAAGUUCUAUUAUUUGAACAGCAGCUUUAAUAGGGUACUUUACACUGGAUAUGGAAACAAACAAGGACUUUGUCAAGUACACUUGCACAAAAACACAGCAGUUGUUUCACAGUAACCUGUGCAAUUUUGGAAUGAUUGGGCUGCUGUGCCUUUACAAUACUGUUGCCCCAAAGUUGGCUUUGCAAUUAGUCAUCUGAAUUACAGAUAUAUGAAACUACCUAAAGUGUGAUGUUUCUUAAAGUUAGAAACAGAAUCGCCUUUUUAGGGAAAUUCUUUCAGAAUCAAUUUCUACAUGUGUUAUCAAGUACUGAAACUGAACCAGCUGGGAAAUGCAGAACAUAUCAAGACAUAAUGCAACCAAACAGUCAUAUGUGACUGCCAAUUCCAUUGGGCCAAAAUAUAGAAAUGAAUCUAAAAGAAAUUUAACUCAAUCUAAUGACUGUGACAUGUCUUUUCUUCCCAGUAUUAAAUCUUUAAUUAUACUGACUGCUUUGUGGAAGAAAUGUUGAAACUGAGGGCAGUACAGCCUUGAUAAUCGAAAGUUCUUACCCGUUACCCCAGUUUUAUAAGCUUAAAAUUCUGCAUAUUGAAUUUCAGUGUUGGCAACGUCAUUCAUACAAAAGAUUUGGAAUCUAAACCUGUUUGGCAACCACAACUAGAUUCACCUGGUAGCAGCAGUUAAAACUAAUGGGGAAGGACUACAUAUAUUUGUGAUUUUGACACAUUUGUAUGCAUCCUGUGUGAAAUUGAUCUAUCAACAGGCAGUAGAAGCAAUUGCAAUGCUCCCUCAUUUUAGCUGCAAAAAAGUUGAGGGAACUCUACUAUGUUCUUUCAAGGAUAAUGUCCUAAGUAAAGUUGUGUCAAUAGCUCAUCUGUUUGACAGAGAAGCAGCUGUUUUUGUAUGUUUUGAGAAAAACAUUUUUUAUAAAAUCACAAAAAACAAAAAAAAUGGUAUUCUGACAAUGAGGAGAAAUACUGUAUUUAUAUCAUUCUGUGCACUUCAAAAGGUUCUUGUUUCCACAUGGUUUCUGAAUAAUUGCGGAAAGGGGAUCAUCUGUGGGUAUUAAGGGUUGGGAGUGCAUGGCCUCCUCACAUUCUUAGUAUGGACCAAUAUUUGGGUAACAGGCAGAGGUAAACAGGGCUUAAAUUUUGAUGUUUACUGAACCAGCACACUGCCUCUGGAUUGUCAAAAACAAAAAACAAUCCCUGAAUCUAAAAGAAAUUCUGAUUACUCUGUUCUUACCUUUGAAUCUGAUUUCAUAGUGAGGUAGCUAAAUGCCUACAAAGUUCAUUUGAAUGUAUUCCUGAUCCAGCCCAAAUCAGCAUUUGUACAUCAAAUUUUACAUUCUUUGCUCCUUUGUUACCAUAGCUAACAUUUCUAGUCACCAUGCGAUUUUAAGUCCUGAUCUAUGAAAUUUAUUCAUAGAUGUCUAUUUCAGAGGGUUCCAAUAUUCUGGACUGUUUCAGAUUCAAACAAUUUUAAAAUAUUUGCAGUUGAGCUUUGAAGUCAAUAUUGAUUUCUCAAACAAAAUUUUGGCCAUCUGCACUUAAAUUGGCUUACCACUAUUGCAAAAUAGUUUAGGAAGGCUUUGAAUAUGGUGAGUAACGUGCUACCUUUUGAUGAUCCAGUGCCAGCCCUUGAAAUCAUAUGGUGACUUCAAUUUUUGAAAUCAUGUAUGGUUUGAAAAUUCAUUUCAGUUAUAUACAGGGUUUUCAGUUGCCUAAUGCUGUUUGAAACAAUCCGCAUAUGUAUUACUUAAAAACUUGUUUUAUAUAUUCUGUCAGUAACAGUUUUUGUUUUGUAAGAAAACCUUGUAAGCAUAUUCUGCACAUGUUCCACUUCAGCCUUAUUUUGUUUAUUUGUAAAGAAAAAUGUCCUGAAACCAGCUAUCACAAAAGUAUCAGUCUGUCUGUAUGACCCCUCCUCAAUGUUAAAUGUUACCACAUCUGAUUUAAACUUUUGUGUGUACAGCAGUAUUUUAAUAAAGAAUACCAGAAUUCA